AGGACGUGGAGAUGCAAGGCUGUGAGGCUCCCGAGGGCUUGGCUUGGACCACGAUGGGGCUGGGCUGCGGCCUCCUAAGGGGGCUCUCGUCUGGGGCAGUGGCUGGGGGCUGUCCUCCCCCCUGCCCGUGGCUCGCAGCACCCCCACCCGUCCCCUGGCAAGUGAGGCCCGCCCUGGGGCCCGGCGCCCGCCAUGAACGGCCUGUCAGUGAGCGAGCUCUGCUGCCUGUUCUGCUGCCCGCCCUGCCCCGGCCGCAUCGCUGCCAAGCUCGCCUUCCUGCCGCCCGAGCCCACCUACUCGCUGGUGCCCGAGCCCGAGCCGGGGCCCGGGGAGAGGGCCGCUGCCUGCGCGGAGCACUGCGGGCAGCCGCUGGUUGUGCUGCGUCGCGCUGUGGGUCCUCCCUGUGCUGAGGCCGGGAGCCUCCGUCCCCUUUCACACGGGGGGAGUCUGACGCUCUGCUGGCCGUCCCCUGCCCCCUGCCCAAGUCCACACAGCCAGAGGAGCCUCUCUCCUGCACUGGUACCCUCGUGCCUGGUGCCGCUGGGGAGCCUCCCUGGCCCUCUGACCCGCCCGCGCCACCCCCCCCUCCCCAGGUACACGCUGCUCUUCUCGCACGGCAACGCCGUGGACCUGGGCCAGAUGAGCAGCUUCUACAUCGGCCUGGGCUCGCGCAUCAACUGCAACAUCUUCUCCUACGACUACUCGGGCUACGGCGUGAGCUCGGGCAAGCCCUCCGAGAAGAACCUGUACGCCGACAUCGACGCCGCCUGGCAGGCGCUGCGCGCCCGGUACGGCAUCAGCCCGGACAGCAUCGUCCUGUACGGGCAGAGCAUCGGCACGGUGCCCACCGUGGACCUGGCCUCUCGCUAUGAGUGCGCCGCCGUGGUGCUGCACUCUCCGCUCACCUCAGGCAUGCGCGUGGCCUUCCCUGACACCAAGAAGACCUACUGCUUCGAUGCGUUCCCCAACAUCGAGAAGGUGUCCAAGAUCACGUCACCGGUGCUCAUCAUCCACGGCACGGAGGACGAAGUAAUCGACUUCUCCCACGGGCUGGCGCUCUAUGAGCGCUGCCCGAAGGCCGUGGAGCCGCUGUGGGUGGAGGGCGCCGGGCACAACGACAUCGAGCUGUACAGCCAGUACCUGGAGCGCCUGCGCCGCUUCAUCUCCCAGGAGCUGCAGAGCCAGCGCGCCUAGCCAGCCCCGAGCCGCGCCGGGACUUCAGCAAUAAGGCGGCGCCUGGACCUUGCCCCCGCCCCGGCCCGGGGACUGCAUGUGAACCCCCGGGCUCCGUCCUCCAGGCGGCUGGAGGGCCAGCGGGCCGGGGCCUGCCCCAGCAUAGGGGCCGUGGACCAUGUACAGCCGCGGAGCUACGCUCUCCUUUCCUUUUGGAAGCAGAAAGAAGGAAAAACGUGAAAAAUUAAAGAUUUAAAAUUUUA